AAAAGACAUGGGUAUACUUCACCAUUUUGGGAGAGAGGGACGUCAGCCCAUGGAAUAUGAUAAAUAUCUUAUUUAUCAACUAAUUGCAAACUCCAGAGCUAUAUGGGGUGUAUCCCUGAUCAGAGAAGAGGGGAAAUUAAUGCUAGAGUUUUUCAGCCAACAGAUGUUGACAACUGUAGAAUUGCUUUUUUCAAGUAACAAAUCAAUGUUUAACACUCAUAAUAUACAAAAAAUCAGGACAAAGUUAGCAACACCUGUUGUACCUGCUUAUAAUAUAAAUGCCUUAGAAGCCUUUUGGUGGAAAAAAAUUGAUCAAAUGUCCAAUUAA